AUGACAGUGAUCGUCUCGUAUCAUAUGGUGCAGCCGCAGAAGACGAAGAAGAAGCAGAGGAAGGAUACGAGGGCGACGGAUUCGAUGGCGGAGAUAAAGGACCAGAUGACGGUGUCCACAAUGGGGAAGGAGAAAUCGAGGUCCGGCCACCGCACGAGCGCCGCCAACCGCCGCGGUUCGAAGCUGCUCAAACUACUAAGGCUAAGGCUGUUGCUCCAGCUUAGCGUUAAAUACGAGGUGAACAAUCUCGGCCACCGGAAGAAGGACGUUGGCAGAGAGAAGCUAACGUCAAGCCAUCGGAAAGCUGACGUGGACGACCAUCUCGGCAUAUCGGAUAGUUUGUGUGCGUGUGUGUUUUCAGUGAGGUUUUGGGGGUGCGCGAGCCCUACAGUACACGAAUUGAGAAAGAGUGAAGGGGAGUGA